CCACCCGCACCCAAAUCCUGCACCUGCGGCACCAACACAACCACCGCCCUCUCCCUGAACUGCAAAUACGACUCUCUCGCGGCAGCCUGGCUCCCACCUCACUGCCGCGACGAUGCCCUAACCGCCGAAUUCGAUCGCUCGGGGCCCGGCCCCAACGGAACCUGGACAUACUACGCAGACGAUCACCAUACGAUACCCAUGAGUGUGGAGGAGGUGGCUAUGCUGGCGAAUAAUCAGUCCGCGAGGGUGAAAAUGACGAGGGAGUGGCAUGUUGUGCAUUGUUUGUUUUAUUGGAGGAAGAUGGUCAGGAUUAGGGAUAGGGUGGUGGGUGGGGAGGAGGUGUUGCUGGAACCGAGCUUUGAUAAUGAGGAGCAUGUUAGACAUUGUGUGGGGGUGGUGUUGGGGGAGAGUUGGGGGACGGAGGCGAGGGUUGCGCUGGUUACUUAG